AUAUUUUACUAUAUAAUGGCUGAAAAAAGUGCAAAAAAAGUAAAAAGUUCAGGGCCUUCUGCAAUUGGAAAAGCCUACCUUCUAGCGUAUAAUGCUAUUCAAACUUUAGGAUGGUCAUAUAUGCUAAUACAAUCAUUUAUACAUUUCUUGGAUCGUGGAAGUUUGGAUACUUUUUGGCCAGUAAUUAAAACAACAGUGGUUGUAUUUCAAAAUGCAGCUGUCCUUGAGGUGGUGCACUCUUUAAUCGGCUUAGUACCCUCUGGUGUAGCAGUUGUAUUGCCACAAGUGUACUCGCGCGUCUUUCUUGUAUGUGGUUGUUUGUUAGCUACUGAGUCCGCAACUGUGAGCCCCGGUCUGCCUUUGUGUAUACUGGCCUGGUCCGUGACGGAGAUCAUAAGAUACGCUUACUAUACACUCAAUCUAAUCAAUAGUGUACCAGAAACGCUUCUAUUUCUCAGAUAUUCUACCUUCCUGUUUCUCUACCCAUUGGGAAUAACUGGAGAGCUUUUGUGCAUGUAUCACUCUCUGGAUGAGAUUGCAGAAAAACAAUUGUUCACUAUAUCUAUGCCUAACGCAUGGAAUGUGGCAUUUAACUACUACUAUUUCUUAGUCUUCUACAUGUUCUUAUACAUUCCUAUUUUCCCCUUCUUGUAUGGACACAUGUUGGCGCAAAGAAGAAAAAUGCUCAGCAAAGACGCAAAGAAAACUAAAUAAUGACUUACUACUAAUGAUGUUAGUGACACUUAUCACAUUGAUGAGUUUUAUAGUAUUUUAGUUAGGUCUGUAUUUGUAUACAGACGUACGAAGGUCUUUGGAAGAAUAAUAUGCUACUCUAUCUACACGCCGCGCUUGCGCCGCAAACACUGCACGUAACAAGUAAUACCUUUGGCCUUUUUAUACUUACUUCAGAAAGCGUCAGUAGGAAUUGUUGGCCAAUCACAUGCAUUUAAUUUAUGAUAAAAAAAUAUUAAAAUGAUUACCUACACGAGCAAUGACGAUGUUCCGAUACCUGCUGAUACCAAAACAACAAUGAUACUAAAUCAUUAUGAUGACAAACAAAGGAAAAUUUAUAUCAAAUUAUAAAAGAUUUUGUGCAUUUUAAACAAACCAAAUAAAGGCCUCCACAGAGUUGACGAUAUUGGAAGUACCUGGAAUUACCAGGUGCGUGUUGUGGAUAUUUACAUGUGGACUUUUGGUCACCCGUAGUGUAAACGUGCUGAUGGCACAAAAAGAAUACUCAAUCUUCGUAUUGUAUUUUCUUUAUUGUAGCUUAAGGAGGGCUACUGGUUAGGUUAGCUAGGUGCUAGUUAUUGUGGUGGCCUGGGUUAAUGAUUGCUAGCUGUUUAAUUUAUUAUUAAUUUAUUUAUAUGGUCGAUUGGGUUAUGGGC